CAACAGUUCGUUCUCAUUUCGUGAUAGUAUGACACAUUUCCAUUGUCGCUUCGCAGUGAGUGGUCACUAAGAUAAGAUAGCGCUCCGUUCUACCAUGUUCUUCUCAAAGGUCUCUGUAAUAUUCUUUGGUGUGCUCUUGGUCUCCACGGACAGUGUUGACCCACAGGCCAUCUGUACCCAGCUACUCAGUCUCGACUGUACUAAUUACACACCGAUCGAGAAUGACGAAUCCGUCUGUGGCACUGAUGGGGUUCAUUACGACAACUACUGUAUGUUUGGUCAAGCCCGAUGUGUGGACCCCACCAUAGACAUCAUGAAGGUUGGUCACUGUCACACUGGCACCACCCACCCACCUCAUGUCAUCACAACAGCUCCAACCACUACCACCACCAUGGACUACCAGAUGCAGCUGGUGUGUGCCAAUGCUGCCCUCAUCACAUGUACCAAUGAGAUCAGUCUAAUCUGUGGGAGUGAUUACAAGCUUUACCAAAACAGCUGUAAAUUCACCCUUGCCAUGUGCAGCACCUCUGGAUUACACCAACUGACUCUUGAUGACUGUCGAAAUCACAAUGGCAAAUAAAAAAAUCAAUAACCAAAUAAAAAAAUAAUUGUCAUAAAUCAUAUGAAAUUCUUA